AUGGGCUCCCCGACCACGCCAAUGCAUAGAUUGCUUCUUUCUGUCCGGCCUAUAUGCCGCGCCAAAGUCCCGUUCACGGCGUCCCCCGUCGCUGCAAACAGACGUCUCACGUAUACCUCCCCCCUGGCCAAGAACCUUCCGCCACGACCCAAGCCCCCACCAGAGUCCGAGAUUGAGGAAUCCUUUAUCAAGGGUAGCGGUCCGGGAGGGCAAAAAAUUAACAAAACCGACUCGGCUGUUCAGCUGAAGCACGUUCCGACCGGCAUAGUCGUCAAAUCGCAAGCCACCCGCUCUCGCAGCCAGAAUCGAAAACACGCUCGUGAACUGCUCGCUCAAAAGAUUGAUGACUUGACCAACCGAGAGCAAAGCCGGUCGUCAAUAGUCGGCGAGAUGAAGCGGAAAAAGGCUGCUAGUGCUGCCAAGAAGAGCCGUCGGAAAUACAGACUGCUCGAGGACGAAAAGGCUUCAAUGCGUGCCGAAAUCAUCCACCCCCCUUUGGCCGCCCAGGGAGAGCCUGCGGCGACGACGAGCCCUGCCAAUGGUCGUCUUUCCCAUGAUGCCCCCCCCGUCCAGCAUACGGAUGCCGAGACUUCGUCGCUGCCAGAUAGGGAUAAACCGCAUCAAUAA